ACAAAAAAAUUAGUUGUUGGUAAUAGAGAAUAUCUUCGUAAUAAAAUUUUACUUGCAGCAUCAAUAAUGGAAACCGAUACCAUCGCAGGCUAUUUUAAUAAUGUGUGCCUUGCUCUUGAGAAAGCUGGAAAUUUUACAAUUAAAAAAAUCAAAAAGGAGGAAAAUUAUGGAACAUUAGAUAAAGAAAAUCAAACUUGGAGUGGUGCAAUUGGUCUUAUUGUUAAUAAAAAGAUUGAUAUAGCUUUGGGGUUUUUCACAGCAUUACCAGAUGAAAUUGGUAUAAUUGAUUACAGUGCAAGAUUGAUAAGAGUUCAAUAUGUCAUAAUAAUUAAAAAACCAGAAAUUAAAGUUCUUGUCUCAUGGUCAGCAUAUUUUGAGAACGCAACCGAGUCUCCCUUAAAAGAAGCAUCCGAAUUGCUUGUAAGUGAAAACGAACUACCGGAAACAAACGAGCAGGCUAUAGAAAAGAUUUGCAAAGAGAAUAUGGCUCUUUUUAUAGACGACAUGUUUUUGCCAAUAGUGAUCCACAAUAAUGUGGCAAAUAUUUGUAAUCUAACAAUAAUUCCAACUGGUGAAUUUGAUGACUUUUCUUUGAUUUUACAUAAAAACAGUCCAUAUAGAUCACCGAUAGAUUAUUAUAUUCGAAGAUUUCAUGAAAAUGGUGUAUUGACUCUACAAAACUCGGCAAUUUAUAAGAAUGUAAAACAAUAUUCAUUUAUUAACUUUUAUAAAAAACAUACACCUGUUACUGUUCUGGACGUUUCAGUAAUUUUUACGAUUUUGUUUUCAAGUGUCAGUGCUUCUAUUAUAAUAUUUUUCUAUGAAAAAUUUCAUUAUUGGGAUGAAAGAACGAGAGACUAUGUGAAUUUAAUUUCCGAAAUUUCCAAAUGGAGUAAAUCAACUUCCGUAGCACUUUUACACUUUACUCGCGAUGAUGGUAAGUACACUGAGAGAAAUGGAUAG